AUGGCAACGGAAAUUGUUCGCGAAUCAAAAAUUCUUCUCAACAACGACAACUACGCGCUCUGGUUGCUCCCAAUGAAGGCCAAACUCCAUAAAGCAAAAUCCCUCACCAUCGUUACCGGAAUCCAUACCUACGCCUACGCCGAGAUUGUUCAGCACUUGAAUCAAGAAGUACUUGCAUAUGUUAGUUCUACCCAAACCGAGACCGACGAAUUCAAUGGGUACAAGUUAUGGCAACUUCUCAAACAAAAAUACGCCGGUAACGAUCUGACAUCACGAACCACCGCUCUCAAGAAAUACUUAGCCGUCGAAUAUGACUCCUUCUCAGCGUUCCUCCCUCUCAUUCGAUCGGCCAAUCAGAAGAUUGUGCUCUCCAAACUUGCCCUUGACGAUCAAGUCAAAACUAUCUUGAUGCUUGACAAACUCCCUCCUGAAUUUCACUCUUUCAAGACUAACAUCUCUAUGAAUUUCGAAACCGAAUCCUUUGAAGAAGUACUGAAAAAAUUAGAAGACUUUGCUGCGCAAAAUCAGUUGAACGAGCUCAAGAAACGAUCAACCUCCCCGAUUUCGUCUCAAGCCACUAUGUACACUCGGUCUUCUGACCCCGAUAUUAGUGGUCACACCGAAGACAGUUGUUAUCAAAAGCAUCCCGAAAAGCGAGCUCCAAAGUCGGUCGCUUCCUCGUCCAAACAACACUCAUCUCAUCUGACUCGAUACACCCAGGAAGACAAAGAAUAUCUCCAACAAAAGUAUCCGGACCUUCACCUAUGA